GCUACUGAUAUUGAAAGUAGGGGCAAAGUUCAAAUCGAUAAACAAACAGCUGUCAACGGUAUUAUUCAGUGUCAUACUACGUGACAGCUCGUUUUGGUGAUGAUUACCAAUUUAUUUUUAAAAAAUGAACUUUUCUGCACCUGGAGACGGUAUUAAUUCUGAAUUUAGCGGAGGGGAUAUUACAGAAACACGUAUGUACCCUUCACUGGAAUCACUUGCAAUAUCCGAUUCAUUUGAAGAAAUUGACAGUGACAGGGAAUCGGUAGCAGAUUCAAUUGUUAGUCAGGGAACACCUCCAAGAUCUAGAAAAUACCUUUAUCCAAAGAAAGAGUAUGUAGACCACCUCCAACCUGAAGAAGUAAGAUGGUUUUAUAAAAAGGAGGGAGACAAGAGAUGGACUCCAUUUAUUGGAUAUGACUCGUUGCGAAUUGAAUGUCGUUUUAGGGUACAACAACAAAAUGGAACAGAAGAUCUGACAGAAUCUGAAGUGGCAGACCUUGAUCUUAUUUUAGUACGGGGAGGUCUUUAUGAGGUUGAUGUCCCAAAACGGUCAUGCAGUCCUGUGUAUUGGUCAGAUGACAAAAGUAAAAUUAUGAGAGGUACUUGGUUUUAUGACAAUACAUGGCAACCAGUUGAAGAUGGCUAUGCAUCUCAAAUAGAGACAGAAUACCUUGGAACAUUUCUGGGUCACAGGCUGGUAGAAGAACCUGUCACAGAUAAAAAGGGACCGAAACCAGUCAUCCUCAACAUUCGGUUUACAGACUUCUAUCUGGAGUGGAAUUCCCCAGUAGAUGUGUUCAUGUUUAGUGACACAACAUCCUCUAGAUUUUUGAGAGCUGUUGGAAAUAAAAUAGGUGUUCAAAAAUCUGGUGCUAGGCUUCAUAGAGGUUAUUGUAUGGAAGCUAUGAUGGACGAUAAACCUACAGACAUCACUCAUCUUGUCUUUGUUGUACAUGGCAUUGGUCAGAAAAUGGACACUGGCCAUAUUGUCAGAUGCUGCCUCGACAUGAGAGAUAAACUAGAGCAUGUGAAGGCUAAAGCGUUCCCAAAUUUUGAGAAUCAAGAAAACCAGAGAGCAGAGUUUCUUCCAGUAGAAUGGAGAUCUUCAUUGAGGUUAGAUGGAGACACAGUUGAAUCUUUGACACCUCAGCGUAUGAGGGGAGUACGUGUUAUGCUCAAUGCAAGUGCUCUGGAUGUAUUGUAUUACACUAGUCCAUUAUACAGGUCAGAGAUAACACACAGUUUAGAAAAUGAGUUGAACAGAUUGUAUGAUAUGUUUUGUGAGAGACAUCCUUACUUUGAACCCAAUGGUGGAAAAGUCUCGGUUGUUGCUCAUUCUCUUGGCUGUGUUAUCACCUAUGACAUCAUAACGGGCUGAAACCCAAUCCAUUUUUAUGAUCAAUUUGUCUCAUCAGUCAUCGAGGAUGAGAGAGAACAAGCUGGCUCAUCAUCAGAGAUGCUUAAUGACCUUGAUAAAGCUAAGAAAAGAGUUACAGAACUUGAGAAACUACUCUCAGAUAUUCAUGAUAAACAGCAUUCAAGUGCCUCUCCCCUCAAAUUCAAGGUGGAGAAUCUGUUUUGUUUGGGCUCCCCACUAGGUGUUUUUCUUGCAUUAAGAGGCCUUCGCCCUCAAGGUAAGGGGACCCUGGAUCAUCUGAUACCUAAAGGUGCUUGUAAAAGACUUUUUAAUGUCUACCAUCCUGCUGAUCCUGUGGCCUACAGAUUAGAACCUCUCAUACUUAAGCAUUAUGCCACUGUGAAACCACUAGUCAUCCAUAGAUAUGAUUCUCCAAACAAAAUUCAGUAUACCAAGAUGGAAUGUACUGCAUUUGCUGCCUUCCAAGGAUCAACAGAAGUAAUAGAUGAGAAAUGUGACGUGUCAGAUAAGGAAAGUGUUGAUAGUGCUACUUCCUCUACUUCCAAAGAUGGAUCUCCAGUCAAAGCAAAACUAUCAAUGACCAAAGUGAAUAAUACAGUUGGUGGUUGGUUUAGUACAAUAACAAAGAGCAUGAGCAUGGAUAAUGAUAGCAUGACUGCUGAGCUCAAAAUGUUAAACAAACUCGAGAAGGAGGCUGAAAUCUUGCAAAAGUCAUCUAUGUCUAAAUGUACACAGCAGACGUCAUCAAUGGAGGAUAUCGAUCAUACAGAUCUCGAGUACAGACUUGACUACCAACUACGAGACAGUGGAGGUCUGACAAGUGGUUAUAUCUCCAUGGUUACAUCUCAUACAGCAUACUGGUCUAAUAAAGACAUCGCUUGUUUUAUUCUUACACAUCUACAUCCAAGAUUACAGGAAACAUAGUUGUAUCACACAUGUACAUACAGUGAAAACAUCAUAAUUUGAGCCGCGUCAUGACAAAACCAACAUAAUGGGUUUGCGACCAGCAUGGAUCCAGACCAGCCUGCGCCUUCGCACAGUCUGAUCAGGAUCCAUGCUGUUUGCUUACCAACUCUAUAACAAGUAGAGAAACCGAUAGCGAACAGCAUGGAUCCUGAUCAGACUGCGCAGAUGCGCAGGCUGGUCUGGAUCCAUGCUGGUCCCAAACCCAUUAUGUUGGUUUUGUCGUGACACAGCUCAUUUACUGGCAGAUAUUUUGUGGUUAAGGCAAAUAAAUGUGGCUGACUACAUUGUAAUGGAGACGGUAACAUCUUACUUAGGCUGUUUUAUAGAUAUCAUAUGUUAUGCAAUAGUAAUGAUUUUAAACUGGAACAAAUAAAUUACAACUUUUACUUUA